AUGGGAACUACAAUGCUUACUGUAUUCCUCACCAUUCUUGGAAUGGUCAAGACACAAUUCAUGGGAUAUCCCUAUGACUAUAGUUCGAUGUUUUCUGGCUACACCGGCUACAACCCAAUGAUGUCAAUGACCAACACCAUGGGCACCGGUGCACUUGGCAUGAACACUAUGGGCAUGAACACCGGCUUCGGCACAUUCGGCACAGGACUCGAGAGCUUAUAUGGAGGAGCACAGACGGCAGGGAUGGGGCAGCAGCAGAUGUUCGGAGCGUAUAAUCCGUAUGGGAAUGGCAUGUUCAAUUUCGGAAACAAUGGAAUGUUUGGGCAGAAUGCGUUCGGCACCGGCUUCAAUAACAAUAUGUUUGGAGGAGCUGCAACCGGAGCAAAUAAUGGUCUCUUCGGUGGUGUCCAACAGCAAGCGGCUCAGACAAUGAACACAGGAUACCAGAAUACACAACCAAUAAAUACUCUAAACAAUGGAAACACGAUGAAAGCGUAUGGGAGAAGAAGUACUGCUCAAAACUUCAACAACAACAAUAAUUACGCUCCUACCCGAGUAGGUCAAGGAGGUUGUGGUGGUGGAAAUACUGGAGGAUUUGGAGGUGGAUGUGGACAACAACAACAAGGGUGGAAUAGUAAGGCCAAGAAGGUGUAA